CAUUUUUCAUCACCAAAAUCUCACAAACAACAAAGCCAAAAAACACAAGUUUUUCACCUACCCUUUUGCUUAAUUUGUUCAAUUCUUCCACUACUACAAUGUUCAAUCAAGAGAAACUGAUGCAUUACCAAGUAGAACCAUCAUGGAGCUACUACAUGAGAGUAAGAACAAUGGAAGAAGAUCAAAUGGAGAGAAUAAUGAGCAUAGCAACACAAAGUGCUGUUGUGAUAUUCAGCAUAAGUAGUUGCUGUAUGUGUCAUGCAAUGAAGAGUUUGUUCUGUGGAAUGGGAGUGAAUGCAAUGGUUCAUGAAGUUGAUGAAGAUCCUAAAGGGAAAGAAAUGAAAAGAGUAUUGAUGAGGUUACUUGGAAAUUCAACAUCACUUCCGGUUGUUUUCAUUGGUGGCAAAUUAGUUGGUUCUAUGGAUAGAGUUUUGGCUUUUCAUAUUAAUGGUUCUCUUGUUCCUCUUCUCAAAGAUGCUGGUGCUUUAUGGCUUUAAUUAAUUACUGAUUAUUGAUCAUAAUCACUGACUUGCAGUAAAUGUAGCAAAUCACAGUCAUUAAGACAGAUAAUUGUAGUCAAAUAUGAGCAUCCAGCUAGAUUCAGUAGAAAAAAUUGUCUGAUAACUGUGACUUGUAACUCUUGACUAAAUGAAUUUUAAGUAGAAGAAUGUAGCUGUUAGUUGAAAUUAGUUUGGCAUAAAAUUAGUUUAUUUGAGUUAUGAGAAUCAUUGACCAUUUGUGGCUA